UUGCAAAAAGAGAAAACCGUGUUCCGAAUAUCCCGAUUCCUCAUUUGUCAUCCUCUAACUCACAAGUUGCUUUCCAUAUUUUAUUCUCUUUUUUUCUGUAUUUUUUCCUUCAAUUGCCACCACCUUUCUUUCAGUACUGCUCUCUCAUCUUCAUAAAUUAAGAAGAAGAAAUGGUGAUGUUUAAGGUAUCAAAAGUAGAAACUAAUCCAAUCGAUGGACAGAAACCAGGAACAUCUGGUUUGAGAAAGAAGGUAAAAGUAUUCAAGCAACCACAUUACUUGCAGAACUUUGUUCAAGCAACAUUCAAUGCGCUCCCAGCUAAUCAAGUGAAAGGUGCUAUAAUCGUUGUUUCUGGUGAUGGUCGUUAUUGGUCGAAGGAUGCCAUUCAGAUUAUAAUUAAGAUGGCAGCUGCAAAUGGAGUAAGAGGUGUAUGGGUUGGACUAAAUGGGUUGAUGUCAACUCCUGCUGUAUCUGCUGUUAUACGUGAACGAACUGGUGCAGAUGGAUCUAAGGCAUCAGGAGCUUUCAUAUUGACCGCAAGUCACAACCCUGGUGGUCCACAUGAGGAUUUUGGAAUCAAGUACAACAUGGAAAAUGGUGGGCCUGCUCCCGAGGGAGUGACGGAUAAGAUCUAUCAGAACACAACAACAAUAAAAGAAUACUACAUUGCUGAAGAUUUCCCAGAUGUGGAUCUUUCUACUGAAGGAGUAACAAAGCUUGGAGGGCCCGAGGGAGAGUUUGAUGUUGAUGUUUUUGAUUCAGCCAAUGACUAUGUGAAAUUGAUGAAGUUGAUUUUUGAUUUUGAGUCUAUUCAGAAGUUGGUUGCAUCUCCUAAAUUCACUUUCUGUUAUGACGCACUUCAUGGGGUAGCUGGAGCUUAUGCAAACCGCAUUUUUGUUCAAGAGCUUGGAGCACAAGAAAGUUUUUUAAUAAACUGUGUACCCAAGGAAGACUUUGGAGGAGGUCAUCCAGACCCCAACCUGACUUACGCCAAGGAGUUGGUUGCACACAUGGGGUUGUCUAAAGCUAACCCUGAAGCCAAUCCACCAGAAUUUGGUGCAGCUGCUGAUGGUGACGCUGACCGUAACAUGAUCCUUGGUAAAAGGUUUUUCGUGACUCCAUCAGAUUCUGUCGCCAUAAUUGCUGCAAAUGCUGUUAAAGCUAUUCCAUAUUUCUCAUCGGGCUUAAAAGGAGUAGCCAGGAGCAUGCCUACUUCAGCUGCGCUUGAUGUUGUAGCGAAACAUCUAAAUCUGAAAUUCUUCGAGGUACCCACCGGCUGGAAGUUCUUCGGAAACUUAAUGGACGCUGGAAUGUGUUCAGUUUGUGGUGAAGAGAGUUUCGGAACUGGUUCAGACCAUAUUCGUGAGAAGGAUGGAAUAUGGGCAGUAUUAGCCUGGCUAUCGAUUCUUGCCUACGUUAAUAAAGAUAAUCUUGGAAAAGAUCAACUUGUCUCCGUUGAAGAUAUAGUUCGUGGUCAUUGGUCUACUUACGGUCGCCACUAUUACACCCGAUAUGACUAUGAAAAUGUGGAUUCAGGUGCAGCCAAGGAGUUGAUGGCGAAUUUAGUCAAUUUGCAGGCUUCCCUCCCUGAUGUUAACAAUAUCAUAAAGGGAAUACGAUCAGAUGUUGCAGAUGUCGUCCAAGCCGAUGAAUUUGAAUACAAAGAUCCUGUGGAUGGAUCUAUCUCAAAGCACCAGGGUAUUAGAUACCUGUUUGCAGAUGGAUCACGAUUGGUCUUCCGGCUUUCUGGAACUGGGUCAGAAGGUGCAACAAUCCGGCUCUACAUUGAGCAGUAUGAGAAGGAUCCUUCAAAGAUUGGAAGGGAAUCUCAUGAGGCACUUGCUCCUUUGGUGGAAGUUGCACUAAAGCUUUCCCAGAUGGAAAAAAUGACUGGCCGAUCAGCUCCUACAGUUAUUACAUAGAGAAAUUUCUGAGCUAUGAUAAUACUCUUUCUAUCCAUAUUCAUGGAAUUAUCAUCAUGAACUUCAACUUUGUAAUCAAUUUUCCUUCUAGAGUUCCCUCAUAUUUCCUUCUUUUACCUUUUUUUUUAUCAUCAUAAGAAUGAGACAUUGUUUGUGAAUUAUGAUGCCUCGAUUUCACCCACCACACUUUGCUCUCUGCUGAGAUUGCAGCAUCAAGUUUUACUGUUUCAGUAUCUGUAUCAAUUUCCAUAUCUAGGUAGGUACUAAACAUGAUUUACUGCCUUUUAAUUGGCCAUGUUUUCAUUCAUGUGUAUGAGAAAGAUGAAUGAUGUAUUAAGAUUUUCUUCCCAAAUCAGAGAUGUGCAGACUCUUUCUUUC